UUUUUCCUGGUCCAAAUUGUCACAUGACAAGAGGAAAGUCUGGGUCCGGAUGGCCAGAAACAUCUUCAAAAAAUUACCAAUGGCAGUGUUGUCAAGCUGACAUGGCAGGCUGAGCUUGUAAGAACCAUGUCGCUCCAAGCUCCCCGCAUGUCAGUGUUCACCUUUCAGUCUGCAGUGCACAGCGCCCAUGUUCUCCAGUGUCUGAAUGACCAGAGGCAGCGGGACAUCCUGUGUGAUGUGACGGUGGUGGUCGAAAGCAGGGGUUUUCGGGCCCACUGCUCUGUCUUGGCUUCCUGCAGCGAAUACUUUCACAGCAGGGUUACCAGUGUCACCAGACAGAAUCCCAUCAUUACCUUGCCUGAUGAGGUGACCGUUGAGGGGUUUGAACCGUUGCUUCAAUUUGCCUACACAUCAAAGCUUCCCUUCACCAAAGAAAACAUCCACGCCAUUCACAGCAGUGCAGAGUUUUUAGGAUUUCAUAACUUGGAGUCAGCAUGCUUUGAUUUCCUCAUCCCAAAGUUUUCUGAAGGUAAAAGAACCUCACAGGAGGUCAGGCGUAGAGCCUGUUGUCAGAGCCAGGAUCCCAGUGCCAGUUUUGGCCCUAGUGUAGAGAGCAGCCAACCAAAAUCAUUUGAGUCACACAGCUCAGUGCCUUCAAGAGGUGAUGAACAAACAGAUUUCCCAUCACAGUGUCCUCCAAGCGCAGAGGGUCAAACGAACAGCAGGGAAGAACACUUCUGUUUGGAGAACUGUGGGCCACAAAUGGCCCCCUUAUCUCUGGAGUUAACAGCAAAUGGUGUGUGCCCCAUGUUGUCUUUGCCAUGCCCAGACUCUGACAAAACAGAUCAUCCCUCUCAGUUCUGCGAAAGAGACAUUUUAGAGAUAGGAGAUGUGUGUAAUCAAAGUGAGUUGAGUUUGGCAGACUGUGGCUUGCCCUGUGAGCUCACAACCCCAGGGGAUGGGAAUCCGCCAGAACUCAUUGAGUCAGCAGGCAGAGAUGUUAAGCAGACUGUCGAGACGCUUGGUGCUGAAACUGACUGUAACCCCAGUUCAUGUCCACUCAACACAUCAGGGGCGGAAGAUUGCAGUGAGUUAUUAGAGCAGAGUGUGGCUGGCCUUGAAGAGAAAAUGGAAGGUGAUUUCUCAGACCCUACACUAACUGCUCUAAGCCACGAAGAGGGAAUUGGGGAGAGGAGCAGCGUGGAGAGGGAGGUGGCUGAGCAUCUGGCAAAGGGAUUUUGGUCUGACCUGUGCCCGUCUCAAGCUCAACCACUCCCCUUAGAACCCAUGGACCAAAACAAUCUGGCAAAAGCAUCAGACUUUCAUUGGCUUAAGCAGCUGGACCUGAGCUCCAGUGUAGGAGACUGUCCCUUCCUCAGGGACUUUGGGACCAGUGAUGACUCGGCACCACGCACCGACAGCCUUUCCCAGUCAGAGAAGAGCCCCUACAUGUCAUCCUCACUCAACUCUGGGGACGAGUCAGACCUGGACACAGAUGGAGAUACUGAGGCCAACAACAAAAGAGCAGCAGAGAUUCAACUCCCUUUCCCAGUGGAGCAGAUCUCAACGCUGACUCGAAGUGCUUUCCAGCAGCUUUUGAGACACCAUCACCUGACUCAAGACCAGCUGGAGUUUGUCCAUGACGUCCGCCGACGUAGCAAAAACCGUGUGGCUGCACAGCGCUGCCGAAAGAGGAAACUCGACAGCAUACAGCAGCUGGAAUGUGAAAUAAAAAAAUUAAAAAGUCAGAAAGAGCGGCUGUUGCAGGAGAGAACUGAGCUGGAGCAAAACCUGGAGGAGACGCGGCAGAGUCUGUGCGAGUUAUGUAAGAGUGUCAGCAUUGAGUCUGGCUCUGAUCAGGACCACGUGCAGCUUUUUGCCAAGGUCUCCUCACCAGACUCCCCCAUUUCCUCCCCUAGCCAUGUGGGUAAAAAUGAGGAGUCCCAGAUCACUAUCAAAAUGUUAAGUUGUUCUUCAGAGUGUUGCCCAAGUAAGCCACCUGCAGACUCAGUUCAAACUGCUACACCAGAGGCUGGCGCACAGACAGAAGAGGCAGGUUCUCCACAGAGCUGCCCUAGUCCCUCUUCUCUGCUCAAUGUCUGUCUGAACAUGAACAACAGCUUAUAAUUGGACAUAAUCUCCAUUAUCAUUUCUAACCUUGAAGGACCACGGAGCAGGGAGUGGACUUAAAGUAUAUACUGUAAUCCCCCUGUGUAUUUCACUGACUGAUUUUCAGCCUGAUAUAGGUAUAAAGUGACAUAGCAAAAUGUCAGAUCUUCUUUGUUGUAUUUCUAAUAUGCAUUUUACUGUAGUUAACACAGAAUACAGUAUUCAUCACUUUAAAAGUGCAGACAAUUUUCCAGUAAUUCCCUUUCUAAAAAUGAAGUUUGUUUUUCUCAGGGAAACAUAUAACCUGACUGUUGUGAUGGCUAAAAUAAUUCUUACUGCACACCCAACCCCAUGCACACAUAACAGACAGUUGAAAAUAAGACGUUUCUUUGAUUUUAGGCUAAUUAGUCUGUAAUCAUUAGUCAUAUUCUUAACACACUCUGUGUUAUUCUACUACUAUGCUGUUUCAUUGACUAAAUAUGCACAGCACUAACAGAACUUUUUACAGUAGAUUACAAGGAAUUGUUACAGCUAACAAUAUAUCUUAACAGCAUUAUUUGAAUGCCAGUCUAUAGUUUGAAUGAGUAACUGUAAGUUUCCCCCGAUAUUUGAGGAAUAGUUCCAGUGUGUCUGAAAGUGUUAAGGGGAACAUAGGGAGUUAUGUUAUUUGAUGCAAAAUGUGCCUUAUGCUGUAAUACAAAAAGAUAAAGGCAGUCUUUGUAUUCUUAUCUCAAGCACUGUUGCACAUUAACCCAAAGCCCAUUUUGAUGGCAUUCUAUUACAUUAAGGUCUGUCUUCAUGUUGAAUAUUUUUUAUUAAAUGCUUUGUUGCAUUACAGAUUUAAAUAAACAACAUUUUGUUACCA